AUGACGAACAAUCGCUUCGAGACAUGCACGUUUCGGCAUAGGGCCGAGGGCGUAAGCGCGACUGAGCAUACGUCGUCAGAGAGAAAUGGCCAAAUCAACUUACUCGUUUUCGCUUCGGUGGCACCGGAGAUGGAUCUUACGAGUCCAGACGUAGUGCGACGAAGUGCCAACACGACGGUCGCCUCAUUCGCCGGAGUGAUAACAGCGACUGUAUAUCAAUAUAAGAUUAACGGAGAGGCAGUGGAGCAGAUGGAGAAGUUCAAGUACCUCGAAGUCGUAUUUACUAGUGAUGGAAAGUUUGAGGAAAAGAUCGACCGACCAAUUGGAGCAGCCAGUGGCGUUCUGCGUGAAUUAGCCCGACCCUUUGUGACUAAAGCAGAGCUCAGUCUGAACAUUAAGCUCUCUUUACUUAAAUUGAUCUUCAUCCUAAUGGUCACGUAA